AUGGCUAAACCCAAUGCGCCCUCGCCUUUCGAGAAAGAACAGCUUUUAGGGAUGAUGGAGAAGGAGAUGGAGUAUAGGGUUGAUAUGUUUAACAAGCUUACGCACACGUGUUUCAACAAAUGUGUCGAGCACAAAUACAAAGAAUCCGAACUAAACAUGGGUGAAAACAGCUGCAUUGAUCGGUGUGUUUCGAAGUAUUGGCAGGUGACAAACUUAAUCGGCCAACUACUAGGAAAUAACCGACCUCCAAUGUGA